AUGGUCGCCGCGCUCUCCUGUCUCCUGUUCUCUCUUUUGGCCGCGGCGGCCCACGCUUCGGUCCUUACCCUUCAGUCCCCACGCUUCUCCAUCUCCUCCUCCGAUGCUGCCCAGCUGCGAGCAGAGCCUCUCUCCACGACGUACAAGCCGUCGCCUGCUCUGUCAUUGGGACCCACCGACACCUUGAAGCUGACGUUCCAGGUUGUCGACGAGGCCGGCAAGGGUGUACAACCCCACCAGACGUUCAUCCGGUUCUUCGACCCAGUCACAGGCGAGGAGGGUAUUCAGCCAGUGAAAGUCACGUCGGGUGGUAAGGCCAAGUUUGAGCUGAACAUGGCGAAACCUCCCGCCUCCCUUCCUCCUACCUCCGAGGACCCUCUGCGGGUGACUCUCUACAUUGGCUCUUUUGUUCACGCGCCGCUGGAGAUGGACCUCUUCGACCUCAUCGUACCCGCUUCGCAAACACCACCUCAGCACCCCGACGACGUCUUCUUCCACCCCCGCCCAGAGAUCUUCCACACCUUCCGUUCAGAGCCGAAGGUGCCCCCCAAGUUCGUCUCCGCUGUGUUCACCCUCUUCCUCGCAGGGCCCUGGGUCGUUCUCCUUGGUAUGUGGGCGCACAUGGGUCCGCAAGUGCCCCACCUGUUUUCGCCGAGCAUCCUGCCCUUCGUCGCGACGCUGGGCGCGUUCGAGGCGUUGCUCGUGUGGUACUGGGUCGAGCUGCGGCUCGGGCAGGUCUUGCUGUACGGUGCUGUUCUGAGCAUCCCGACCGCGAUUACCGGCAAGAGAGCACUCGCGGCUGUGGGUGACUGGAGACUGGGCAAAAGCACAAAAUGA